AUGGCCAACGCACAGAACUACUUUGAACUGUACAGAAGAUCGAGCAUCGGAAUAGCGCUGACAGACUCGCUGGAUGAGCUGAUAACGUCUGGACACAUAAACCCACAGCUGGCGAUGAAGGUUUUGAGUCAGUUUGAUAAGUCGAUGAUGGAUGCUCUAUCGAAUCAAGUGAAGAACAAGACGCAGAUGAAGGGACACCUCCACACUUACCGCCUCUGCGAUGAAGUUUGGACGUUUAUCGUAAAAAAUCCUCAAAUGAAGGUCGAUCAAGGGGAGCUGCUCACUUCCGAUAAGAUUAAGAUCGUCGCUUGUAGAAACACCGAGGGGAAUCCAUUCCAGCAGCCUACGAAUCAGCCAGCCAAUUCAGCUGGCUCAAAGUAA